UGUCAGUGAUGUCGUCAUUGUUCUGAAAGAGAAAAAAGUCAUGGUCAUUCCCUCCAAGUGACGAAAAAUUAAUUUUCGCGAAAAAUAUCUAUUCCAACUCUUAAAAAGUUAUUUUUAUCAGUGUUUGAAGUGAAAUGAUAGUGUACAUGAUGAUUUUAGAUAUUGCUAUACGUGUUUGAAGACGAUCCAUCGCUUUCCAUGUCCUUAAUUUUUCUCUGCCUUUUCAAGUCACUCUGGUCCAGUAAAAAGUCAUGAGCAUAGUUAAAAUCGCAAUCAUGACACAAGCACCAACGCCAGACCCAGCCACGGAUCAGGCUGUAGAUGUGGUUUCCACACCUGAAGUGUUGGGCUUAGUAGAAUCCUCCACAAACACGCUACCCACCGUGACUAGCACUGGUAGUACUAGUGUCGCUGCGGCUGAAUCAUCGAGCACCCUCGAACAUGAGGAAGGAGAAAUUGAAACCGAUGAAGAUGAAAGGGGUGUUCUCGAAUAUGAGGACAUUAGCUCGGAGGAAGAGUUCUCCAUUCGGGAACGUAUUGCGCAAUUAGAAGCGAUGGAUAGCAAGCUGGGCCAGCUUACCAGAAGAAAUAAGAGGCUUCACGGUAAAUCGGGGUUAACUGGGUCGGGUAUAAAGGUUUUGGGCAUUUUGAGCAAUGAAGUAAUUAUCUAUCUCGGAAAGGAAAACUACGAAUGCAUUUCGGAUGAGGAAGACGUCGAGUUGUACCUGAACCGAUAUGAGCCAUUUCCCAAGCCAAAACUGUUACCAGCUCGACGGACGCUUCGAACGUCUCACACUGGGUCGCAAUCAAUGAGAUCAAGCACAAAACGACACUCCACUACCGAAAGAUCGCGACGGAAAAUUGAAAAGCGUAAGCGCGCACAAUCGACGCUGCGUAAAGCUUCUUUGCAUCGAAGGCAUAAACGGCGAAAGCACCCUGCCAGCAGUUCAGUUGUAAGCAUUAAAGAUUCGUCUGAUUCCGAGGUAGAUUUCCCCUUGGAUAGGGCGAGACUGCAGGCGGCAUGUAAUAUCAGUAGUAGAAAACGAAAGACUGAUAAGGAAAAUUGGGAUGCACUUAAACAAAAGCUGCAGUUGUCGAUGCAACGACGUAAAAAAGAUGAAAGCAACAUCAAUUAUGUAGAAAUUAUUCAAGAUGAACCAGUAGUCCUGGAUGAUGAUGAUGAUGAUAAUGAGGAGGACGAUGAAGUGCUACAGCUGCGAUUGCAGGCUCUAAAAACGAAAGCUGAGGUGAAAGAUGCUGGGUUCAUUAGUCUAGCGGAAAACCCAUUGCCACCAACGAAAAUGGCCGAGGAACAAGAACUCAGGUUACUGGCAUUACAAUCGGCCUUCACUAAGAAACAUCAAAUAAGACUGAAGAAAAGGCAAGCUGAUCGACCUUAUUCUCCAUCAGAUGAUAUUCCUCUCUUGUUAUCUCCUACGGGCGAAUAUCCCGUUUUGGCACAAGAAAUCACAAACAUUGAUGAUGAUAUUCAAAUCAUUGAAACGCAACCGGAAACUGUUGAGAUAAUAGACAGCUCGUCUGAAAAUGAGAAUCAGAUGGAAAUCUGUCGUACGGAGAGCCCAGAAAGUCCAAAAUCACCUGAAGCUGAACCGGUUGAUGAGGAACUAAUCGAAAGCGUAAAAUCUCCCAGUCCACCGCCUCCGGUUACUUCAGAUCAAGAUGUUUCUAUGGAAGCAGUCAUGCCCGAACCACCUCCGCCACCCGUUAUAGGUAAUUUGCAAAGAACGCAUUCGGAAGAGGAAGACGAAGACACACUUCGCAAUCAAUUGUUAUCUACACUGUCAGCUUCUGCUUUGAAGUCCAAUAAUAAUUUUCCAGACAGCCGUCCUAUGACGCCUGACUCAAUGGCAGAAGAAGAAGCGGAAGCGCUACGAGAGUUGAUCCUCUCUAAAAUGCACAAAAAGGUUACCGAAAAAAGACGAGAAAAUACCAAUAUACCUCCAACAUCAGAAGUUUCAAGUCAACCAGACACCAUUAACAUUCCACAAGAUCUUUCUAACGUUGCUCUUAGUCUGAAAGAGCAUCGCACUGCCGACGUUAAUGGCACGUCCCCAGUAGGACCUAUUUCUUCACCUGCCCUAGCUGCAAACAGUACCUGUACAAAUCAAUUGCGACAACCAGCGAAUCCGAAUUUGAUUACUUUAAUUGGCAAGCAAAAAAUUACUCGUAAAAAGCGUAAAAAAUCGCUGACGUCUAUUCAAAGUAGAGCAGCAAAAAAAGCUUUGGCUGCCAGUCCGAUGGCGAUAGCUGUUCCACCACCUGCCAGAACCUUGAUUAAAGCCCCCAAAGUCCAAACUCCUUCACCAAUCUCACUGACAGUGCCAUUAGUAUCCACCACAAAACUGGUCAAUAAUCCAAACAAGCUGAUCAAUUUAAACGCUCCGCUGCCCAGUAAUUCAUCCAAAGAACGGUCCGCUACAGUGGAAACAUUUAUCCAGAAACCCGUUCGUAAGUUGAUCAUACAGGUAGGAAAUUCGGACUCGGAUUCCGAUUCGGACUACUAUCCAGCACCGGACGAAGAACCGGCACCGAAGGAGAUCGAACGUCUUCGUGAAUCGUUCCUACGUGAUCUCGAUAAUGCUAGUCCUUCGCGAGUUAUGUUAGAAAGUCCCACUUAUUCACCGGUUCCAACUGAGAGCACAGAACACGACGACGAACCACUAGUAGCUGCUGUGCCAGAAGCUACAGCGAUUACCACCGGUGACCAUAGUGGCAAUCAAGUGGCUUUUGAACAACGGUUGGAUCAGUUUCUGAAAACUGUACGGAGUAAAAUUGAUCAGAACCAGAAAGAUUGCGCUGGUGAGAAUGAGACUGUUAAACGAACGAAUGUGGCUCCGUCGGCUGGUGGCGGUUCCAAUGGCUUGGGAACGGUUGUUACUGCACCGAAGAAAGUAGCUACCACUCCAGCGCCAGUUACACCAUUGGCCGUUCGUCACCUGCCUAAAUCAGCACAGUUGGAAUACAAACGUCUGGUAGCACGAAUGGCCCAACUUGAGAGACAAAAACAACUUCGAAUGGUGGUAGUCAAUAAUGAACGCGUUGCCAGUAAGCGUCCUCCUCCUCUGACAAAAACGAUAAUAAACACAGGGCCAUCGGACGAUGGUGCGACUAAAAACCUCGAACUGGUUGUAACCGUCAAUCGUGAUAAAAGGAAUGUGUUGGACACAUCGAAUACUGGAAUGCCCCGAAAUAAUCUUGCACCGUUGAAGCGUGAUUCCGACACGCUAUUCAAACGAGUACUUAUAAAUAAUACAGUCAUAGCUGAAAGCAAAAGUAAUCCACCGCUUGAUACUGCACAAGUGCAACAGCAAACGCUCGAAGAUACCAAAGAUGAUUCUAGUGAGACUAAUGCAGAUCUACCUCAUACCGGAGCUAAGGAAAAUGAACAGUGUAACCUAGCUCCAGUCAGUCCCAAUCGCAAGAUAGGAACAGCUCAAACAGAUCAGGAAAUAAGCACCCUACGUGAGGCAUUGCGACGAUUAUCGAGUAUCAAGGAGGGGGACCGGAUGAGGGUAUUGUCAAUUGCCGAAUAUCGUUCAGAAAAGCACAGUCAACGGUUCCACAAGGAAUUACGGGAUUUGAUUGCCACGGUAGAGAAUGCUAAACAGGAGCGACAGAAACAGUACGAUCUAGAAAAUAAGGUAGCUUUUCUGAAGGAAAAACUGGCAGUUCUGGAACGAGGCCUUGCCCUCCACAAGGGUCGCAUUGCCCAGAUAUUUCCUGCCCUUCAACAGUCUCACAGUAAGGUGAUGCACAGCCGAAAGAAGUCGAUGGAGCUGAACAGUUUGUGUCUCGAAAUUGGACGCAUGGUCAAGGGACAAAGUUACAGUACACCGUCGACUAUACAUAAUGAAAUUCACGAGCAACUGAAGAUUCUUACCACCGAGACCAAGAGGCUAAAAAACAUGAAAAAGCUCUCGUUAGAAGAAUUCAAACAAAUUACGGCUGAUCAGCGUCAGUUUCAGGUGAGCCAACGGCAAAAACUAGCCGUCGAAGAGAAUCCUUCCACAGUCUCCCCAGAAACUAUUGCGACAACUGUACGACCAUCAGCAGCAGUCCCAAUUAUUGUAAAAGAGGAACAGCUCCAUGAGCAACAGUUGCAAGAAGAGGAAACAGAAGCAAAACAACACUACAAAAGUGCAUCUUCAUCCGGAAGUGCAAGUCCGUCGAUUGUGGAAGCAAAUAAUGCGCAUAUUUCGAUGCAAGAAGAGCUAACCGGCGAAACUCGGGCACGUUUCGGAACGUAUUCAUCACCUCUGGUGUCCUUCAAGGAUCAAAGCGCACUAAACAUUCCGGACGGUGUAAUCUGUCCCUAUCAGAUGAGUGGAGAAUGUGUUGAUCAGGAUUGUAAAUUUGAACAUUUUCGGUAGUGUAUGUGCGUGAUUCUUUCUCUCUGAUCCUUCAACAAACCAAAACAACACUAUUACCCUCUAUUGAACAACAGAGUGAUCCCUCCCACUAUCGGCUCAUCCCGCAACACAUGUCCGCUUAGUGUACACUUUUUUGCAUCCUUUAUUUUUUUAUUCUUCUCGGACAUUUGCAUUACUCACACUUUUCACAACGCUGCACGGAAAAGAACAUAAAAGAAACUGAAAGUAUGUCGACUGGGUAAAAAUUAGUUGGCAUGUUUACUGUUGAAGUAAUAUUGAUAAACCGAAUCGAAUGCAGAAGUGCUACAAUGAUUGCAGAGUGCUUAAAUGUGUUCCUAAUAUCCAAGUUCUAAUCGCACCGAUCUUUCGGACACGAAUGGUUCGUGUCGCGCAGGUGUUGUGCCAUUUGUGUGGUGUACAAAUCAUGCUUGGGUAACUGCGUGGUGAAGAAGAUUUCAGUGAUGUUAGAUUUGCCAUACCAUUUUUCUUCAUGUUUGGUUUUUCUAUUAGGUUUAUCAUUAGUUUCAAGUUUAUAAAAAAAGACCAAAUUUAUGUAGUUUAUAAUUUUAUGUUUUCAAAACACAAGUUGGUACAAUUGUCGAUAAUAAUGUGUUGCAAACAAAUGAACUCGUUUCGUUAGAGUGUAGAAGUGAGGUGCUGGGAAACAGGUUCAGCCCAGGCAGAACGUUUUUAGUUAUGAAUAUUUUUAUAACAUAUGUUAUUGAUGAAAAAAUGUACCAGAAAAAAAGAAUGAAAUAUAGAGUUUAAAAUAA